CAGUUGUUACCUUUCAAGACCUCGUUUGUAUCGUAAUGGCCAACAAGCAACGAAGAACGCCUCUAAUGGCGGAAUUAGGGUUUAUAUAAUUCCAGUAUUACGUCUCGAUCUCGAAUCCGUCUUCGUUCUCUCGCUGUCGAGGAGAUGGGGAACACUUCCUCAAUGCUCACCCAAUACGACAUUGAAGAAGUCCAAGAGCACUGCAAUCACGCUUUUUCUCAACAAGAGAUCGUGUCGUUGUACCAUCGAUUCUGCCAGCUCGAUCGCAACGGUAGUGGAUUCAUCUCCAGCGAUGAGUUCCUCUCCGUUCCCGAGUUCGCUGUCAAUCCCCUUUCCCAGAGGUUGUUGAGAAUGCUUGAUGGGUUGAAUUUCAAGGAGUUCGUUGCCUUCUUGUCAGCCUUCAGCUCUCGGACUAGUUUGCAGCAGAAGAUCGAAUUUAUAUUCAAGGUUUAUGAUUUGGAUUGUAACGGGAAGGUUUCCUUCAAUGGUAUACUGAGUGUUCUGCGGGACUUGACGGGAUCUUUUAUGACUGAGCAGCAGAGGCAGAAAGUCUUGACACAUGUCUUGGAAGAAGCUGGAUACAAGGAGGAUUCUUUGCUAAGUCUAUCUGACUUCAUUAAGAUUCUUGGCAGCUCAGGAUUGAAGAUGGAGGUGGAAGUUCCAAUCGAUUAGCAGGCAGCCAGCUUCCAUUUUCUUUCCGUGCACCAGCAGACCAUACUUGACACACUCGCAAUGGAAUCAAUCUGUGCUUGCCCAAACAUGUUUCACCAGACUUAUACAACAAUUUCAGCUCCUGGACCUCAUGAUUCUGUUUCUUUUGUUUUUUUUUCCUUAAUGUUUACAUUGGAUGCUGUCCAUUGCUGAAUCUUGAACAUCCAGCAUAAAAGGGGCCAGUUUGUGUACAUUUUGGCCUUGAAGAUACACAUGCUCUUCAGGGACCAUAUGCACAAUGUGGUUAUUGUGCUCAUUGUAAUGUGUUUAAGAAAAACCAUAUAGCUUUUGGUA